AGGGCUGCGGCAGCCAUGCUGAACCCGUACCGAGAGGCGAGUGGGGGGGACGGGGGCGACCACAGGCGCGCGGGAGGCCGGGGACCUGGUGAGGCAGCAGCCUUAGCGAGGUCUGGGGUCUCGGGACACAGGUCUGGGCCUUGCAGUCCCUGUGACCCCGUGCACGACCCUCCGCAGUGUUCGGAAACCUCGCCCUCGUGGCCGUAGGGGGGGCAGACACGUGACUCGCCCCAGCCAGUCGGAGCGCUGCUGACGUGGCCGCGCGGCCCCGAUGCUUUCCCCCACCCCCAGCGGCUAGGGAAGGGAGGGGCUGGGGGCUACGCCCCCUCCCCCAACGCCUUCUCGGCUUCCGGGGGGGUUGACACCCCGGAUUCCGUGCUCCCCCCCAGCCGGGCUGAGGGCGACUUUCGAGGGCCCCCCCGUGGCUCCUGGAUCCAGAUUCUCCACUGCGGCGGCCUCGCAGCCAAGAACCUUUCGCCGGCCCCGCCCGCGGGACUCGUCCCACACUGCGCCCCGCCCGCGCCGCCAAUGGAGAAGCUGCAAAUGGCGCGACCAGCCUGCCGCGGGCGACCGGCGGAAACUCGGUGUGUGCAAGCCCGGGAAGGCUCCGUCAGACCUGGAGGUGGGGACAGCGUGUUGCAGGCCCCGGGGAGAUGGCGCCUACACGCCGUUCGGCCUCCAUCUCUCCCAGGGCUCGCCAAGCCAGGGCGCAGCCAAUUGGCUCGGAGACAUGGCGGGGUGCCUUUUCGCCUUGGCUCUCUGCGGCACUCUGCUGCCGAUAAUGGACGCCUUGGAACUGGAGUUUGUGACGUCAUCCUUCAAGCGGACCAAUAGGAAAGGCUCCCGCGAAGAGGCGGGCCUGCCCCCUCGCCUUUGCUUCUCCAGGCGCGUGAGCGGGCGAGCACGCGCAGAGGGGGCGGGGGAGCUUGCGAGCAGGGUGGCGCGCAUGAGCAGCGAAGCUCCGCCCCUCCGGCUAUAUAUAAAGCGCUGGCGCGGGGCUCGGCGGCGCCAUUUCGCGCUGGAGUGGAGCAGCCUCUAGGACGAGCUGGAGGAUUGCGCCUACUGACCCAGCGUCUCGGAGCCUCUGCGGGCCGCCAGUACAAUCCACGUCCAUCCGCUUGGAAAUGGACUUCGUCCGGGCCCGCGACCGCUCCCGGCGGACAGUGCAGACCCCAUAGAAGCCCCCGAGGCUCCCCUUUCUCGGGCCCCGCCCAGUCCUCGGUGUCUGUCCACCCCUCUACUCCGCCCUCAAGAGGAUUUCAAAGAUGGAGGCGGCGGCUCUCUGAAACCCCUUUUUGGUGCUCAUCCGCCUCCAUCGGUGGUCUGAAGGGGCUCUCGUGACCCCCCGGCGACCGCGGCGGGAAGAGGGGACCCCUGUCCACCGGCGGCAGGCCGAAUUGACGACGGUGUCCAGUUUCGGGGACUGCCGGGUUUGCAUACUGCGUUCUCCUGUGGCUCUCCGGCCGGCAGAGGCCGCCGCCAUUUUCCUGCUGUCGCCGCCUGCGGAGCGCGCCAAGCUGCCGGAGUUGCGGGGAGGACGGCGCAGGAGACAGCGUUCGCGCCGGUCCCGCAACGAGGCUGACGCCUGGAGGGCCAAGGGCAGCGGCCUUCCCCCCACUUCCCGGGUUAUGCUGGGCCCGGCGGUGAGGGGAGCCGAGGCUACCCGGACUUCACGCAACUGAGCGGCGGCGGUUCCCUGAGGUCAAGAUGCUGCAAAACGUGACUCCCCACAAGCUCCCUGGGGAAGGGAAUGCAGGGUUACUGGGGCUGGGCCCAGAGGCAGCAGCACCAGGGAAAAGGAUUCGAAAGCCUUCUCUGUUGUAUGAGGGAUUUGAGAGCCCCACAAUGGCUUCUGUACCAGCUUUACAACUGGCCCCUGCCAAUCCACCACCCCCUGAGGUGUCCAAUCCCAAAAAGCCAGGACGGGUAACAAACCAACUGCAGUACCUGCACAAAGUAGUGAUGAAGGCUCUGUGGAAGCAUCAGUUUGCAUGGCCAUUCCGGCAGCCUGUGGACGCUGUGAAGCUGGGUCUGCCGGAUUAUCACAAAAUUAUAAAACAGCCUAUGGACAUGGGUACUAUCAAGAGGAGACUUGAAAACAAUUACUACUGGGCUGCCUCAGAAUGUAUGCAGGAUUUUAAUACCAUGUUUACCAACUGUUACAUUUAUAACAAGCCCACCGAUGAUAUUGUCCUAAUGGCACAGACACUGGAAAAGAUCUUCCUACAGAAAGUGGCAUCAAUGCCACAAGAGGAGCAAGAGCUUGUGGUGACCAUCCCUAAAAACAGCCAUAAGAAGGGGGCCAAGUUAGCAGCACUCCAGGGCAGUAUUACAAGUGCCCAUCAGGUGCCUGCUGUCUCUUCUGUGUCGCAUACAGCCCUGUAUACACCACCACCUGAAAUACCUACCACUGUCCUCAACAUUCCCCACCCAUCAGUCAUCUCUUCUCCUCUUCUUAAGUCCCUGCAUUCUGCUGGACCCCCACUCCUUGCUGUAUCGGCAGCGCCUCCAGCUCAGCCCCUUGCCAAGAAAAAAGGCGUUAAACGGAAAGCGGAUACUACCACCCCUACACCUACAGCCAUCCUGGCUCCUGGUUCCCCAGCUAGUCCUCCUGGGAGUCUUGAGCCAAAGGCAGCAAGGCUCCCUCCUAUGCGCAGAGAGAGUGGCCGCCCAAUCAAACCCCCACGAAAAGACUUGCCUGACUCGCAACAGCAACACCAGAGCUCUAAGAAAGGGAAGCUGUCAGAGCAGUUAAAGCACUGCAACGGCAUCCUGAAGGAACUGCUCUCAAAGAAGCACGCUGCCUACGCCUGGCCCUUCUAUAAGCCAGUGGACGCUUCUGCUCUUGGCCUUCAUGAUUACCAUGACAUCAUUAAACACCCCAUGGACCUCAGCACUGUCAAGCGGAAGAUGGAGAACCGUGACUACCGGGAUGCACAGGAGUUUGCUGCUGAUGUACGGCUUAUGUUCUCCAACUGCUAUAAGUACAAUCCUCCAGACCAUGAUGUUGUGGCUAUGGCACGAAAGUUACAGGAUGUGUUUGAGUUUCGCUAUGCCAAGAUGCCAGAUGAGCCACUGGAACCAGGACCUCUACCAGUCUCCACUGCCUUGCCUCCUGGGUUGACCAAAUCCUCCUCAGAGUCCUCCAGUGAGGAAAGUAGCAGUGAGAGUUCCUCUGAGGAAGAGGAGGAGGAGGAGGAAGAUGAGGACGAGGAGGAGAGUGAAAGCUCAGACUCUGAGGAGGAAAGGGCUCAUCGCCUAGCAGAGCUGCAGGAGCAGCUUCGGGCAGUUCAUGAACAACUGGCUGCCCUGUCCCAGGGCCCAAUAUCUAAGCCCAAGCGGAAGAGAGAGAAAAAAGAAAAAAAGAAGAAACGGAAGGCAGAGAAACAUCGUGGCCGAAUUGGGAUCGAUGAAGAUGAUAAGGGGCCUAGGCCACCUCGCCCACCUCCGCCCAAGAAAUCUAAGAAAGCAGGUGGUGGGGGUAGCAAUGCUACUACACUCAACCAUCCUGGCUUUGGAACUUCCGGAGGAAGUAGCAACAAGCUACCUAAAAAGUCUCAAAAGACAGCUCCACCUGUCCUUCCCACUGGCUAUGAUUCUGAGGAGGAGGAAGAAAGCAGGCCCAUGAGUUAUGAUGAGAAGAGACAGUUAAGCCUGGAUAUCAAUAAGUUACCUGGGGAAAAGCUGGGUCGAGUAGUACAUAUCAUCCAAGCCAGGGAACCCUCUCUACGUGAUUCAAAUCCAGAAGAAAUUGAGAUUGAUUUUGAAACACUCAAGCCGUCCACACUUAGAGAGCUUGAGCGAUAUGUUUUAUCCUGCCUUCGAAAGAAACCCCGGAAGCCCUACACUAUUAGAAAACCUGUGGGAAAAACAAAGGAAGAACUGGCUUUGGAGAAGAAGCGGGAGCUAGAGAAGCGGUUGCAGGAUGUCAGUGGACAGCUCAACUCCACCAAAAAGCCUCCCAAGAAAGCGAGUGAGAAGACAGAGUCAUCUGCACAGCAAGUGGCAGUGUCCCGUCUCAGUGCUUCUAGUUCCAGCUCAGAUUCCAGCUCCUCGUCGUCAUCUUCCUCUUCUUCAGACACCAGCGAUUCAGACUCGGGCUAAGGGGCCAGGCCAGAUGGGGCAGGAAGGCUCCGCAGGACCGGACCCCUGAACCACCCUUCCCCACUUUCCCUUGCUGUGACACUUCUUCAUCUCACCCCUCCAUAGGAGAGCUGGCUCUGCAGUGGGGAGGAAGGCAGGGACAUGGACAAAAUACGAUGGAAUUCCUAGCCCUCUUGGGUGUGGUGUCCCUGUUGAGGAUGAUGGGGGUGGGGCAAGGGUAUGGGUGGGAGUGGGGAUAGGCCUGGCAUAAAGCCCCCUGAGCUGUAGCUGUCCUGUUCACUUCUAAGGGCCCUGUUUUGAGGUUUUAAUUUAUUUAAGCUAUGUGGUAAGGCUGGGGGUGUGUAGCCAUGGUCCUCCCUCCAGCUUCCAUGGGGAGGGAAGAAGAGGGAGCUUUUUUUGUUUUUUACAUUGACUUUUUUUUUCUACUUUUCCCUUUUACUUCCACUCCAUUUGGGGCCUGGGGAUUUUAGUCACCUCUCCAGUUGGCCCCAAGACUGUCUUUUCUUUCUUGAGUCUAACAUGUAAAUAAAGAAAAUAUUAUUGAAGUUUUGAGUUA